AAAAUCACACAAUUCCCUUAUUGUCUUGUCUCCGCUGUUCUAGACAGGAGGAACUCGCUUAGCGGGGGUAGCUCUCAUUCAAUGGAGUCGACUUCCUGAGGGACUUUCCCACUCGACCUGGAAGGGGAUUUGCCUUUCUUGUCGGCUGGUGACUCACACAGUGUUGCAUCCUUUGUACCUCCAUAUCCCCGGGGUCUUGGAGCCUUCCAAAUCACCGCCCACACUUUGAUACCCUGGACUAACGAAAACCAUGUCCGAAAAACCCGAGAACAGACCCAGUAGCCAGUCGAGCUCGAGUUCUUUGAUGAGCUAUCACAGUGUUGAGAGACCGAAUCCAGGCUUCUUCGACGAUGAGAAAAGAGCCAAUCUCACACCCGAUAGCGAUUCCUUGCCUAGCAGCCCGCAACGCAUCCAUCGAGUUCGCUUCGGAGAAGAUCGAAGAUUCGAAUAUGGAAGCAGGAGUACCGAUGAGGGCAUUAUAUCUCCUGGCACAUCUCACCUACGACGCCGUCCAUCCACCCAGACGUCACUUGACAUCACCGAUGCAUCCAGCAGACCUACACAACCUUCGAAUGCGGGGAGAAUACAAGCUGCGAACGAUAAGGAUCGGCAGUCCAGCACAGGAAGCGAGAAAAAGUCGAAACGAGAGCGUCUAAGAGCGUUCAGGCAUUCAAUCAAAACAAAGGCUUCGAACUUGGCUGCUCGUCUCGGUCGUCCAGAUGAAAUCAGUGAAGAUGACCUACAACCCAUUGACCAUCGGCGCCGCAGCACAGACAUUGACCUUCAUCAUGGACAAGAGAACCGGGACCAGUUCACUAGUAGUACCGAAGCACAUCGGAUCGUCCGUGAACUAGCACAUGAUCCUUCCGGUCGUCGUCUUAGCACCCGUAGAGAGUCGGCCUUACAUCGUGCCGCAGGAGUUCCUUGCAACGAUGAUGAUUCCGAGCGUGAAGAGGACCCUCGGCGCGGUUCUGCAUCGGGAGGUGUUCUCUCCCAGCUCCUCAGGCUUAGCGGCGGCUGGGAUCAGUUUCAAAGAGGUGCACGGGGACUCAAUCUGGCCAGUGAUAUGUUCUAUCCAUUUGGUGGGAGUACACCAGGUGCGACCACUCCUCGAAAGGAGAAAGUACGAUGGUACAAGAAACAAGGAAAUGUUUCGACAUCGACCUUGGUCGGAGCUGGUAGUGCCAGCGGUGCAAGUACGCCCAUUACCGGAGAGCUUUUGACUGCGGCGUCUAGACGGCAGAACAAGCAUCGAAGGCACAGCAUGCGACUUGAGGAGGAGAUCCAGGUGACCCUACAGAUCGCAGAGAUUAUCGCUCGACAGAGAUACAUCAUGCAGUUGUGCAGGGCGCUGAUGAUGUUUGGGGCCCCUACCCAUCGACUGGAAGAGUACAUGCAUGUGACAGCCAAGGUGUUGGAUGUCGACAGCCAGUUCCUGUAUGUUCCGGGAUGCAUGAUCAUGUCCUUCGAUGACCCCAGCACCAGGACUACUGAAGUCAAAUUAGUCCGGGUUGUCCAAGGGGUUGACCUGGGCCGGCUGGCUGAUACCCACAACGUGUACAAGAAUGUCAUACACGACAUGAUUGGCAUCGAAGAAGCGGGCAACGAACUGGAGGAACUAAUGACCAAGAAGCCUCGGUUCAACAAAUGGAUUAUCGUUUUUGUGUACGGACUUGCCACAGCUAUGGUUGGCCCUUUCGCGUUUAAUGCACGACCGAUCGACAUGCCCCUGAUCUUCUUCAAUGGCUGUCUUCUUGGAUGUAUGCAGCAUGUCCUGGCACCACGUUCAGUUCUCUACUCCAACGUAUUCGAGGUGACUGCUGCAGUGUUCACCUCCUUUCUUGCCCGCGCAUUUGGCAGUAUCAAAUCAACGGCCUUCACUAACGGAACCAGCGAUUAUCUGUUCUGCUUCUCCGCCAUCGCGCAGUCCUCCAUCGCCUUAAUCCUCCCUGGAUACACGGUCCUUUGCAGCAGCCUGGAAUUACAAUCGCACCAGAUCGUGGCCGGCUCCAUCCGCAUGGUCUACGCCAUCAUCUACUCGCUUUUCCUCGGCUACGGAGUCACAGUCGGCACCACCAUCUACGGCCUAAUCGACACCAAGGCAACAUCCAACCUAUCUUGUCCCGCGGGUGGAGGCUUUGGAAACGCCUAUGCUCAACGCUUUCCUUUCGUCGCUGCAUUUUCUCUCUGUCUUCUAGUCGUCAACCAAGGCAAAUGGAAACAGUCCCCGAUCAUGAUAUCCAUCUCAGUAGCCGGCUACGUCACCAACUACUUCGUCAGCUCCCGCCUCGGCUCCAACUCCCAGGUCGCCAACACCGUCGGCGCCUUCACCGUCGGAGUCAUGGGCAACCUCUACAGUCGACUCUGGCACGGCCAUGCCGCCGCAGCCGUCCUCCCAGCCAUCUUCGUCCUCGUCCCAUCAGGUCUAGCAGCCACCGGAUCCCUAAUCACGGGCGUCGACACCGCAGACGAGAUCCGAUCCAACGUCACAAAAAAUUCCAGCGAAAGUAGUAGCUCUAGCUCAUCCUCCAGCGACAUGUCAAAUAACGUGCUCGGUUUCGGCAUGAUCCAAGUCGCCAUCGGCAUCACCGUCGGAUUAUUUGUCGCUGCGUUGGUGGUUUAUCCGUUCGGAAAGCGACGAAGUGGAUUGUUCAGUUUCUAGCUUGCCUUCUUCUUCCAUUCUUGCAUCAAUACACUCGCAUCUACAUCUACAUCUCCAUACAGACUACGGUCUUUUGCAUCGCCAACUAGCUUCGCUUUGCAUUACACAAAAUUAGCAUUUAUGGGCCAAUUAUCGAUUUCAUAAGAAUGAACGAACGAAGCAUGAGAAUUUCAUACCUUAACAGCGUCCCAAUGUUUUUUUUUUCUCCCUCUCGCUUUUCAAAUUCAUGUCUACAUACUGUCAACAUGCAUGCGUCUUUCGCUGCAUAAAAGAUC